GGAAAAUUAACAGAGCGGCUCGGACUAUUCGCGUGUUCUUCGGUGAAUUUCGUCGGAUAAGACGCGGUUUUUCCGUCGCCGUGCAAUCCAUCGGCGUGGGCUGUACAGCGUGCACAUGUCAUUGCAACAACCAUCUGCACCGUAAACACGGGCCCGCUGAUCACAUGGACGCGGCCAAGCUGGAGGCCAAAUGGCCGCCCGACAGGAAAUCCGCGAUCGAAGCAUCCGAGUUUGGUAUCUACAAGGAGCCGUCCGACGGGAAACGUCUGAGCGGCACAGACAGGGCCACCGGAUGUCUCCUGGUACUAUCCCUGAUCGCCGCUGCCGCGGUAGUGCUGUACUUUUCGUUCUAUGAUUAUACAAUUCCAACAACUCAAAGUGCAUCUACUGGGCCAAUAGUGAGUUACGCUAAAUAUGUAAAGGAAAAAAAUACGAUGACUUCUCAAACAGCUAACCGUUCAACAGACGGGCUUUUAGCUGCAGUUCUCGGUAUACAAAAUGCCGAGAAAUACACGACACGUGCUCCGGCGGAUGACGUAGUUAUUGCCAAGAGAAUCGAUGACGGUAAAUUAGGAAACGGUAGGCAAAUGCGAUUUUAUCCACAGCUACCGCCACAACGGCCCACUUAUUUAUCUUACGACACAAAUUAUUGGAGAACUAAUUCCAAUAAAAACAAUAAGCUCGAAUAUUCCGAUGGUAUAUACGGGUUCAAUCGGAGAUCGGACUUUCCACAGUUGGCAGCUUACCGGGCACCAUUCCCACCAAAAAGCAUCCUGGACGUAAUGAAGUACGUGACAGGCUCCCCUCAUAAGGCAAACAUUCCGGAGUACAUGAUAGCACAAGAAUCAAACCCUCAGUACUAUCCUAUUAGACCGGCAGAAGAAGUCAAUAGAUUCCUACCGGAUGUAAAUACGCCAAGUACCAAUUUGAGGAGAUUCCGCAACAAAUUUGGUCCACCGGUAUACUUGACACCACCUAUCAUGUCGUUACCGGAUGACUUUAUGAAGCCACCUAACCCCGAUGCCCGUUAUUCGAUGGAUUUUGAAAGUGACGUUCCUUUAGACCUUACACUAGAAGAAGGAUCAGCUAGUGUACCAUCACAUACUGGUGUAAUAUUCCGUCCACCAUCUUUUAACAAUGGUUACCCUAUUGCAGAUUCUCCAAAACCAAAAAAAGUUAAAAAUAAAAGAAAGAAAAAGCCAAUAAGUGUAAUGUUAGACAUCUAUCCAUUAUCAGAUGCUGAACACGAAAACGAACAAGUUGAUGAAGAUGAAGAAGAACAUAAUUCUGAGAUUAUUACUUCGUUAAAAAACAAUAUUCAACACUCAGAUUCAGAUAAAUUAUUAUUUCGAUUGAACCUAUUUCCAAAAUUCAGCGAAGGUGGCCGUAGAAUUUCUAAAAAUGUGAAAUAUGAAGAACGAGACGAUCAUAAACCAAUUAUUCAUUUGACAACGCAUAAGCCAUUACAAGACAAAGAAGAAAACGACGAAAAAGAAAAAACUAUUUGAAUAUGGAUAUUUUCCGGAAUCAAAAAAUAUAGCAAAGACCUUUGUAUACUCCUACUAUUUCAAUUUUUGAAGCCAACGUAGCUAAUCUAACGGAAAGUACAGCCAUGCUUAAGAUCUGUCAACAUAUUUGGUUAGUUUUAUACAUCUUGUAUGUACUUGCCUGUUAUAAAUUAUAAGGAUAUAUUAAAUAAAAAAGGAUGAAUUAUUAAUAUUAUUGUUAAUAUAUAUAAUGUAUGUAUUAAAAUUUUUAAUAUAGAUACAUGUUACAUUUUAUCAAAUUUACAAAAUCACUAUUACAAAAUAUAUAAAAACUAUUUCUA